AUGAAGUGGUUGUCCUCCUCCUCGACUGGCAUGAAUAUCCGCUAUAGUCCGAAACACAUUAUUCCCCCCAUUGCGCAACGCUACCUGGGCUCUCCUACCCAUCCGAUCCGGCCGAAAAUCGACCAUAUGUGGGCUACUCGCGAUACAAAUACACUAUGGUGGCGAGUGUCUGUGGCGCCUAUUGGGCAUCUCAGGCGAGUAGUGCGUUCUUGGUGCGCACGCAGAACACGCAUCGCGUUUGAACAGGCGCUGAGCAAUCAAGGAUACAACAAUUUGGGAAUUCCACUACAAGAUUCUUCCACGCCCCAGAAGCAUAAUCUUACGGGCUCUUUGGAGCUUGUGCUCCGUCCUUCAUGUGUCAAUCUUGACUUCAAGGUAGUCCAAAAGGACGCCGAUAGCCUCUUGCGAAAUAUACUGAAGCAACGAUCUAUGCAUUUCGAGCAUACGGCUCAGAAAAUUGCAAAGCCGUCUAAAACUACUACGAGGCCUGCAAAGCCUCCGAAGGCUUCUAAAAGGUCUUAA